CACGUAACUCGAAUGGGAGACGACAACAUGUCAAAGGCGAUCUUCUUUUGGGAGCUUAUUAGAGGACGGCGUAACGUAACAAAGGUGCCCCCCCGCCCGGUAAGCGCUAUAAAUAUCAACCUGGGCGCCCUUUCGCCCUCACUGGCAUAGAGGAAAGUAGCUGGCAGCAGAUGGCCUCUGAAAUAGAUAGUUGGAGAGCUCUCUCAAAAGCUGUGGGACACAUAAUUGAGACCCAAAGGAAAGCUCUUAUAGAAGACAGGCGCAGACGACGGAAAGAAAAAUAGACCACCGACGGAAAACGGCUUUUUCCGCACGAGAUGCGGAAAAAUGUGUAGAUAAUAACUGGUUUUGCGUAGUCAUGUGAAAUACAUCCUUAAUUUUCGAAAUAGAAGACAAACAUUAUCAAAUUCUUCCAUCGUUUGUAUGUUAUGUUUAACUUGUAAUGUGACAACUGAUAUUUUACUUAAUGUGUUCAGUUCAUAGGGAAACUCAACGCCUUGCAUAUAAACGAAAAUAUAAUACACUGGCUACUUCCGAUUAACGUAAUCAAAUCACCAACUGGUUCACAAAGAAAGCAUUACAGACAAUAAUGAAAACAAUAAAUGCACUAAAGAGAAAGGGAAAGAGAAAGAGAAAGGGAAAGACCGGGAGUGCGGAUAGAAAAAAGAAUGAUAAAUAAAUGUAAUGGAGAAAAUCAACUUAAGUAAGAAAAUACUAAGGACAUUAAUUAAAACUGUUUUUUUUUAUUUAUCCAUCAAUAAGCGCAUGAUUAUUCAGGGGACAAUCAUUCUGAUACUGCCUGACCUGCUCAGCGGUUCACGUACUCAUAUAACAAAGCCGGGAACUUCUGGUUAUUUCAAUCAAAGCAUUGUAGUUGGACCUAAAAGAAGGCGACUAGAUUUACUGGACUCUGAAGAACAGGAAGAUGCCAUAGAAAAACUAAGACAAGAAAACAAGGAAUUGCAGAAUAAAUUGGUGCAAGAUCGGGCAGAUACUAUAGAAAAACUCAGGCAAGAAAACAAAGAAUUACAAGAUAAAUUGGCAAAAAAACAGGAAGAUAAAAUAGAAAAACUAAGACAAGAAAAUAAACAAUUGCAUGAUAAAUUGGACAAAGAACUAGAACUUACAAUUGAAAAUUUAAUGAAAGAAAACAAAAGACUUGAAAAUAAAUUAGCUAACCUUUCAACAUUUAAAACUAAGGAAAUAGAGUUUAGAUUGUCUGAAGAAGAAACAGUGGAAGAUCACAUAAAAUAUGUUGAGCUUACUAGAGAUACAUCGACUCUCGGUCAAAAUGAUAAUACAUCAAGCCACCAGAAAUGUGUUCCUGUGAGAGAUUUCUUGUUGACACAUCUACCUCCGUGCUAUCAAGAUGUUGAAAUGUUGAACCUAAUUAAGUCUCUAGCUGAUAUAUCAGUUAAAAUUGAAGGUAAAGAUGUGGACGAUAAAAGAAAACAGUUUUCGGAUUUUGCCGCUCAAGCAACAAUGUUAGAUUCAAAGCCGAUUGAUACAAAGACAGUGCCAAAAUUUAGAAACAGUGAUGUGAAAAGUGCAUCACUCAUGAAGCCAGGCAGCUCUUCAACGUCGAUAGAUAGCCAAAUGGAUGUGAACACUUCUGACAUCAUUUCUUCAUCUCAUUUGUUGGGAAGUGGUAAAGUUGAUGAUGUAUUUAUUCGUACAGAAGCAGACUACGGUCCAUGUCCAUGUCAUAGACAAUGUCAAGAAUGGGGAGAAAUACGAGUGCUGACGUCUGCUCAGCUCAUGUAUGACGACGAUGACGCCAAACAUUUUGUCUGCACAUUUUUUUAUGACGACGACGAUAAACGAAUGGACCAACAGAAAUCUGCUCGAGGUGACAGAAUAGUCCUGAGAGAUUUAAAGAAAGAUGUUUGUAUGUUUCUCUGUAUGACUUGUGAUGUAGGGCUUGUAAGAACACUUGAAGGAAUGUUAGACAAGUUUGAACAAAGUUGGGAAAACGCUUUUGAUAAAUACGCCAACACUGUGACGUGGGAAAAUGAAAGACUGACAGUCAUAGUGUCUCAUCCUUACGGAUUAAGAAAACACAUUUCACUCGGUAAAUCGUGGAAUCCAAAUGUUGAGAGCUCUGAGAAAAGAAUAGAAUACGAUAACCCAACAUUUAAUGGUAGUUCAGGGGCUUUUGUUUUGAUUCCAGAUUUUGACGUUAGUGAUGACGUUUGAACAUUAGAACACAAACAACCACUGUCACAUUCCAGCGACACAUUUUACUUUCUGAAACAUUGUACAAUUCUAUGAUAAGAAUAAUAAGGAAACUGUCGUAUUCUUUAAACAUAAAUUAAUAAUUUCUACUUCGUCUUUCUGAAUCUCCUUUUUUUUUUUGGUCUUUUACACUUUUACAUCCCAUUCCAGUAACAUUUGUUUGACUUAAAUGGUAUGGUUUCAGAGUAGUAUGAUGCUGUUUUGAACAAUGAUCUGUUUUAUUUCAAUCAUAUCCUUAAUUAUUUAUUAGGCAGCUUGUCACAUCAGUCAAAGCAAGACUUGUCCAAAACACAAACACUGCACCUCAAGUAAGCAUUAAUGGCCAAGUACUACAAAUUGUUGAUCACUUUUGUUACCUUGGCUCCAUCAUAUCCAACAACACUCUACUGGAUAAAGACAUCAACAACAGGAUUGCCAAGGCAAUGGCCAUCAUGUCACGGUUACAGAUAAGAGUCUGGGACAACAUAUUGCUGACUAACAGUACUAAAGUCCUAGUCUACCGGACCUGUGUGUUGAGCACUUUGCUGUACGGAAGUGAAACAUGGUCAACCUACUCAUGGCAGGAAAAACGCUGAAUGUCUUCCACCUCCGAUGCCUAAGGCGGAUCUUUAAAAUAAGAUGGCAAGAUAAGAUAACCAAUGAGGAAGUGCUACAAAGAGCAGGGUGCCAGGACAUCCGCUCUGUUAUCAGCAGCAGACGCCUUGGCUGGCUUGGCCACGUUCGUAGAAUGCCAGUAGGUCGACUUCCACAGGACAUCCUGUAUGGCGAUCUAAUAGAAGGCAGGAGAGUCGCUGGUCGCCCACUUUUACGUUAUACGGAUGUAUGCUCUUCAAAAUCGACACUGGCAGCUGGGAAGAGGUGGCACUGGAUAGAUCCACAUGGAGAGAGAGCAUAAAGGAAGGGCCACGGAUUGCAGAUGUCAUACACAACAGAAGCAGAAAGAAGGGUGAAAAUGCAACGGCGCCUGGUGAUUACAUAUGCCCAACCAGCGACCGCAGCUGUGUAUCAAGGACUUGCCUCUUUAGUCACACAAGAAGUUGCAAAGGGAAAAGAUCAUCUCUCGAGACGUAAAAUGCCACAAAGAUAUUAGGCAGCUUGUCACUAUAUCGAUAUCGUUUACUUUAUUUGUACUCAUUGUAUAGACAGUUGUUCACUAUGAUUUUACAUUUAAUUAUGAUUUAUUAUUAUUAUGAAUUAUGUAUUUAUUUGUGUGUUGAAAGCUUGUAACAUGUUUUUUUUACCUCCAAUAAAUGAGUCUGCAAGCGAUUAUAUCGUAGAAAAAGAUUUAUAUUUUAUAUUUUAUUUUUUAUUUCAUUAGUGACAAACAAAACAAGGGAGAGAAAAGGA